UCGAUAUUGAAACGAGUUUCUGUGCGUCUGUUUCUUGGUCACAAUUAGUAUGAUGGGGCCCGUGAGACCACAAGAUAGACAUCUCUCCGGCCGGGCUUCUCAUGUUGAUUUUUCAUCGAACGUCUAACAAAAGGACUCGCUUUAAUCUCCAAUCAACUUUGCGCCCACCACACACACACACUCCGAUCUGUAAAGAGCAAUACUUUUUCUGUUUUUUUAUUCUCUUUUCUUUAAUACUUUGUUUUCCCAGAUGGAAAACGAGCAUUUUCUCGCCUCCCAAACACGGCCCCAACUCCAACCAAUCAUCGAACGUCAUGAUUGUUCCUCAUCCUUCAGAGUCCCGCAGUCCCAAGACCCACAAUCCUCCUCAUCAUCAUCAUCCCAACUCGGAGCCCCGAGUACCCGCAUGAAGAAACCGGGUGGUCUGCACCGGUGCAAGACAGCUCCAGCCAUGACCGUCAUGCGAGAGCUCAAAACAGAGACACCCCAGAUUCCGAAGCCACAGUCCGAGUCGAGCUCCAUCAUCAGGCAAGCUAUUUUCUUGCUUUUGAUAUAUCUCUCUUUUGGAGUUUUGAUAUACUCUUCCAACACUGAACACUUCUCGGGUGUAGAAACCCACCCGGUUGUCGACGCGCUUUAUUUUUGUGUAGUCACGAUGUGUACCAUUGGUUAUGGCGACAUAGCUCCGCUAACACCAGCUACAAAACUCUUUGCUUGUGCGUUUGUGUUGGUGGGUUUUGGUUUCAUAGAUAUUUUGCUUAGUGGGGUUGUGAAUUAUGUGCUAGAUUUGCAAGAGAACAUGAUCUUGGCUGGGAUUCACAUGGGUAGAAGAAGAUCCCAUCAGGGCUUUUCUGCUAGGGACUAUAUUGUUGAUGUAGCAAAGGGUAGGAUGAGAAUUAGGCUCAAGGUUUGUUUGGCUCUUGGUGUGGUGGUGUUGUGUAUUGGGAUGGGAGCAUUCGUGUUGUAUUUUGUGGAGGAUUUGGAUUGGAUUGAUUCGGUUUAUUUGUCGGUUAUGUCUAUUACGACAGUUGGGUAUGGCGAUAGGGCCUUCAAGACGCUUCAGGGGCGGUUGUUCGCCUCCGUUUGGCUUCUGUUUUCGACGUUGAUGGCGGCGCGGGCGUUUCUGUAUUUGGCGGAGGCGAGAAUUGAUAAGAGGCACAGGAGAAUUGCCAACUGGGUGCUUCAAAGGGAUAUAACAGUUGGGGAUUUGCUUGCGGCCGACAUCAAUAACACUGGUUUCAUCAGUAAAUCAGAGUACAUAAUUUACAAGCUCAAAGAGAUGGGAAAGAUAGGGGAGAAAGAUAUAUUGCAGAUCUGCAAUCAUUUCAGUAAGCUUGAUCCCAACAACUCUGGGAAGAUUACGCUGCCUUAUCUUUUGGAGAAUCACUUGUGACGGUGAGAAAGUGAUUGCUGCUUGUUUCUAUUCUUUUUCUCAUUCUAGGAGAAGAGGUGAAAUUGCGGGAGGGAGGCCUGAGUAUUUCCUCCUUUCCUCCCACUUCAUGUACUGUAUAUUGCCCUGCCUCGCAAAGAUGGUAGUGGAUUGAUAUUAGGUCAAACAAACUUUUGCAUAAAGGAAUGUACGUUUGUAAAGUGUAUAAAUCUUGUCAGAUUUUUUUCCCCUCUUC